UGUUAUGGCUGAUUUUCAUUGAUUUACGGGCCCUAUGCUGAGCAAUAUUUCCAACAGUCCGUGUCUGGGAAAGCCGAAACACCUUUUUCUGGACGUCAAGAAGAAUAACUUGGCUGCGCACGCGUUUCUCUGUUGCUGAGAAUCCACGUCCCUUCCACCUCCUCCUUGGCCCACAUGCAUAAAACUGAUCGCUACUUGUCUGACACUUAAUCUGCGAGGAAAUUUCUGCUUUACUGUCUUGCUUGUUUAAGCCUAGCUAUUUUUGUUGCACUGUUUUUGUUGCCACCCCUCCACCCUUCUUGGAUGACAAGCUUACUUUACUCUAAGCUCCAGCCUUUGCGCACUUGAUCACUAACUUUCCGUCCGCGAUCAAUGAGGACCUCUGAAUCUGUGCUUUCUUCCCUACUUCUGCAUUGCAGAAUUGCAUGGGCAAGAAGGCUUGCUUAUCGACAGCAACCUUUUUCUUUCAACGUACACACGAACGAAAAUUUCUGAGGCCACUAUAGAGCUUCUUCGUUCAGGUGAUCGGGUCUUCCGAUGAAACAGUUGACGGAUUCGUCGCGAGGCAGUAGGUAUCGCAGCAAGUUGCAGACAGAGGAAGGUGUUUCGGAGACGUAGUGGCCGAGAACCAGUAGCAGGUUAGACCAUCUUGAGUGUGUACACCUGCUCUAUCGCCAGAGUCGCCUGGCUCAGGGCGCCGCAGCGACUCGUCGCCAAACUCACCCGACUCCCGUUUGUAACUUGGAACACUCCCUCCCUUCUCUGUCUUCUCCUUUCUCAUCCUGUCCUCUCCAGAACGGUCCUGGCAUCUGCUGUUUUUCAUCUUCUCCUGUGCUGGUUGCAUCACGCUUCGCCUCUCAUCUCCUGCGCUGUUCUGCUGUGGACUCGUCUGCCCUCGCGUCGUUUGCCACGGGAGACGGAAAGGAAUCCUAAUCGUCCCGUCCUAAUCUCGGCCUGGAGUAUCGCUCUUCUUGGCUUCUCCCCGAUGCCUCUGCAUUGGAGUGUCGACCUUUUUGUCCCCAUACCAGACGAAAUGUUGGACUGGCUGGUGUGGACAAUUUUUGCUUUAUUUGUGUUUUUUGUGAAUUAGGAGAACAAUUUAUUUUCUUUUUUGUUUAAUUUCUUUUUAAUGUUGUUAAUGAUUUUCAUUUGCUUUUUUGGACGUUUCACCUAAACCACCACUACCUCUGAAGGCCUACAAUUUUCUGGCCCGGAGACUGGGGAAGUGGAAAAAAAGGGUUGGGAGAUUGUGGUGUGGAGCAAAAAUCAAAAUGGAGGGCCCAUGAAAAUGGAAGCCAUCUUUGGGGCUUCUUGGGCCUCCACCGUUCUGAGAAAUUGACCUGUCAAUCGCCUGAGACCGGUUCGGUUCCCGGGCAGACAAAGUUCUUUAUGUUUUGGCAGGUCUGGACUGGAUAUAAUAACGGUGGCCAUCCCACAGAGUUGACGUCAGGAGGUGGUAUCUGCAACUCGCGCCCUCCUUCAGGUGCAGGCAUUCUGGUUUCCUCCUCGGGAGUCCCAUGGGGGACCAUGCUUGCGAGAUCCGUGAAGAUCGUUCACGCUGGUGCAAGAUCGCUGUGUUGUCGGUCGGUUCAAAUUUCGAACAGAAGCUGGAUCCGCGGGUCCUGCGGAGCGUAUCGGAAGUUGCGGUGCCGGCCUGCGGUGCUGCAAAAUACUCGGGUGGGAAAUUUUCCUUGAUGAAUGGGAGGGAUAUCCCACGUCCAUGUCCAUGGGGGACCAUAUGCUCGCGAGAUCCAUGAAGAUCGUUCAGGCUGGCGCAAGCAAGCUGUGUUGUCGGUCGGUUCAAACUUCGAACAGAAGCUGGAUCGGCGGUUCCUGCGGAGCGUAUCGGAAGUUGCGGUGCCGGCCUGCGGUGCUGCAAAAUACUUGGGUGGGAAAUUUUCCUUGAUGUAUGUGAGGGAUAUCCCACGUCCAUGGCCAGGAGUUGCUGCAGAUGUCAAGCUGUGUAAGUUAAGAUGUCUCUGAUAAGGAUGAGGAAGGCAGAAAGUUUUCUUGCAGAAAUGUGAAUGAGCUGAGCUGCAUGAUCACAAUUGAACGAUGUACAUGAUUAUGGGGUGAAGGGGGUGACAACAGAGUUUGAUCUAUAUGUGUCAUGGGAGCUGAGCUUCGGCGAUUUCAUUCCAGGUAAGUUGGCAUCAUGUGUGAGACCGAAGAGUCUUUUUUUGUUUUGUUUUUGAGGGUACUAUAUGCCCAAAGCAAAG